AUGGGAAUUCCUCACUUGAUCACAACUUUGGAGCGCUAUGCUUCAGACAAGACUCUGCAGAGUCAAACGGUGGUCAUUGAUGGCCCAGCUCUAGCAUAUCAUGUCCUUCAUAUUUGCAGAAUUCGAGGCGCCAGCCAACCGUCAUAUAGCCUUCUUGGCCGAGUCGUCAUAGACUGGCUGGAUCGGCUAAAGGAUCAGCGAGUAGACAUUCGAGCCAUAUAUUUCGAUGGCUACCUGCCAGAGUCUAAACGGCCAGUACGCAUGGAGAGGGUGAUCAAAGUAACUUCCCGGCUUAAUAUAUUCUACUCUGCCAACCCUACAGCUUGCCCCCGUAAGCAUGUAGUUCCAUCAAAUGACUUAUCUCUGGACACGAACCACCCAGCAAGAUUCACAGACAAGACUUCUCUUGAUCCAGCAUUCCUAGUGCCUGCAGUCAUUGAUGCCAUCCGGAGCAAUGAAAAUUACCGAGACAAACUAUCCAUUGUUCCAGGAGAGGCUGACGCUUACUGCGCUGUGGACGCGGCGAGGCAUGGCGGUACAAUCCUUACAUCUGAUUCCGACCUCCUUGCCCACAAUAUUGGCAACGGCAAAGUUGUGUUCUUCCGGGAUAUCUAUGAGAAUGCGAGCUCGAAGCUGGCCUGCACCGAAUAUGCUCCUCGUGAAAUCUAUACAAAGCUCGGCUUAGACAAGUCUGCUGACCCCUGUCGGCUGGGGUAUGAACGCAUGCGAUCCCCUAAUGCCACCCUUCCUUUGUUAUUAAAGGCCUGCUCGAAUCGCAUAGUAGACGCCGUGGACUAUGAUCAUUUCCGACAACAAUAUAUCCAACACGAAAGUGCUCAGCUGCCACGGCUGAUCGGAGGUGACCUGCUAUCACUGAAAGCUCUUGACCCGAGAGUCUCCGAGGUACUUCUUCAGAUUGGCCAGGCGCCCAAAACCAAAGUUGCCCAAGAGAAGGUCAAAAUUUUUCUUCCUUCUCUAAUUGAGAAUCCCAACAGAGGAACUUCUUGGGAUGCAAGCGCGCCUAUAAGGCAGUUGGCAUAUACAGCAGCAUGCCGCUAUAUUCCAUGCCGGUGCUCCAUUUCGGUCGAAGAAUAUAGAAGGGUGCAGAACGUCGAUCAAAAAGGACGCGAAAUCCUGUUAUUCACGAAUGAUGAGGCGAAUAUUGCAGUCAAUGAACUUCUGGCGCUUAUGAGACGAAUAAAAGAAACUCAAAUACCGCCGGAGCAUUUCUGGACUCUGUUAUCCAUGGUAUUAGAUAUCAUAGAAUGCAACCAACUCGGUAAAAGUUCACAUACUUUGAUUACGCUUCAACGGGACAAUAGCAAUUUGGCCACUUCAGGAGACAAAGUCUCAUGGGACACAAUUCAUUUCUCUGCACAUAUACAAGCUGGAUACUACUCUCUUCGCAUUUUGAGCCAAGUGCUCACUUCCGUUAUUCUCGAAAACAACAGCACAGACAAUCUGACUCUCAGCCUCAUCCAGCUCCGCAGCCUUUUAUCAGAACUGCCCCCUCUCUCCGAAUUUCCAGAUGUUGGUACGCUGUCCGAUUUUCUAAAGGCAUCAAAAGAGGUCCAAAUAUUGCGUAUUUUAUCAGAUUUUACAGUUUUUGAGCAGGAGUCUUCUCAAGAGCCUGCGAAUGCUCGCCAUCAAACACAGGAGAGGAAACAAGACAAGCGCGGAGGAAAUCCAAAUGGCGUUAACAAGAAGCAAAAUAAAAAGAAAAGCGAUGCAAAGAGAGGAAACAUGUUUAAUGUUCUCUCCACAGACAUAUAG